AUGCCCCACGCGCCGCUGCCCUCGCCGGGCUUCCAGGCGCUCAUCCUGUGCGGGCCCGGCGCGUCGCUCAGCACCUUCACGUCGACGCCGCGCGACAUGCCCAAGGCGCUGCUGCCCGUCGCGAACCGGCCCAUGGUCUGGUAUCCGCUGGAGUGGUGCUACCGCAUGGGCGUGACCGACAUCACCGUCGUCACGCCGCCCGAGUCGCUCGACGCCAUCGAGGCGGCCAUGUCGCAGAACCCGCACCUCACCGCCCUGCCCGCGCCGCGCCCCGCCCUGCUCGCGCCGGCCGGCCUGACCCACGAGACGGGCACCGGCGACCUCUUCCGCCUGCCCGACGUCCAGGCCGCCGUCACGGGCGACUUCAUCGUGCUGCCGUGCGACCUGGUGUGCGAGCUCGACGGCACCGCGCUGGCCGACGCCUGGAUGGUCAGCCAGGCCGGGUUCCCCGGCGCUGUCGCCGGCGAGCAUGCGGCUGGCCGCAGGACGGCGUCUGGCCCCGGCGGUGAGCGGCUCGGGCGCCGCGGCGGCCUCGGCGUGUGGUACCAGACCAGGGGCGAGGGCAGCAGCAAGCGCGACGAGACGGACCUGAUUGCGACGGCGCCCAUGCCGCCGCCCACGGUGCCCGCGCCCGUCGGCUCGAUCCGCCGCGACAUGGCCAACCUCGUCUACUCGGUGCCCACCGACACGCUCAACGACAUCACCGACGCCCACAAGACGCUGCCCAUGCGCCACUCGCUCAUGCGCAAGCACGCCCGCGUGCGUCUGCUGACCACCCACCGCGACGCCCACCUCUACCUGUUCCCCUACUGGGUCGCCGAGAUGAUGCGCAACAACGACGCCCUCGAGAACAUUAGCGAGGACGUGCUGGGCUGGUGGGCAAAGGCCGGCUGGCAGGACGGCCUGGCCGACAAGCUCGGCCUGCGCGACAUCUUCCAGGGCGCCGACGACGCCAGCUCCGAGGGCUCGCAGGUCGCCGACGAGGAAAUCGACGUGUCCCGGUACAGCAGCACCUGCGCGCCCGGCGCCGCAAACGGGGCCGCAAACGGGGCCGCAAACGGGGCCGGCGCGCCCUCGAUCCUCGCCUCGCGCGUCCUCGGCUCGUCCGCCAUACCCGCGAGCGCAAAGGCGCUCGCCGCACGGCCCAAGCUCACCGUCCCGCCCAUGCUCGCCUACGUCCAGCCCGCGACGCCCACCGCCCCGCUCAUCCGCCGCGUCGACACGGCCCACCUGCUGCUCACCGUGUCGCUGCGCCUCGCCAAGCUGCCCGAGAACAGCAGCUCGCCGUUUGGGUUUGCGAGCAAAAUCGCGCCGUCGACGGCCCACUCGAUGCCCAAAAAGUGCCGCGUCGAAGCCGACAACAGCCUGCUGGCCGACAACGUCGACGUGGCCGAGAAGACCAACAUCAAGGAGUCCGUCAUCGGCUCCAACUGCCGCAUCCGCGAGGGCGCCCGCCUGCUGCGCUGCCUGCUCAUGGACGGCGUCGACGUCGGCGCCAACGUCCAGCUCACCGACUGCAUCCUGGGGCGCCGCUGCAGGAUCGAGGGCGGCAGCGCGAGGGACGACGACAAGACGGUGCUCAAGGACUGCGAGGUCCAGGACGGCCAGGUCGUCGAGUGGGGCACCGAGAGCAAGGGCGAAAAGUUUAUGCGCUUCAGCGAGGAGGGCGAGUUUGGCGGCCAUGAGGGGGCCGCGGGUGAGGUGGAGGUGUAG